AUGAAGGACAGCAUUUAUAUGUGCCUUCGAGAGGUAAUAAAUAACAAUAUACAUUUUGCUAAGUUACUGAGCUUUCAGUAUUGCAGCAAUUUUACAGAAGGGAACUAAGGCAGUGAAUUAAUCACCCAGUGGGUCUAUGAUGGAGAUUAAAUUUGGACCGGGAUCCCUCUUAGCUUAGAACUCCAGGUACUGAAUCACAUUCUUUAACACUGCAGUUUUGAAAAUAGCGCACUUCUAUCUUAGUGGACCACAACCACAGUUAUAUAGGAAAAUCAACUUGAAAUUGUUUGACUGUUGUGACAUUUCUCUCUAAGCAAUAUUGGGAUUACUAUAGCUGAGCAUAGGGUGGGAGGGACGUGGGUUGUCUCCCCAACAUAGGACUCCCAUCUCUUUUGCAAAAGUACGAUUACUAGGCUCUCUUGAAGAGCAGCAAUACGCAGUGAAAAUAUCAAGAAUGUUGGACAAAUACAUCUGUUUGGGACCCUAGGGCCAAGGAACGGGGUAGCCAUUCUGUUUAUUGUGGAUGUGGGGACAUGCAUGCCAAGGACAAACUUUUAGGAUUAAGCCAUGGAAGUGUUUCCUUUAUUUACCUGGUUUUGCCAAAGCGUUGCCUGUUGUGUUUAAUAUCUUAAAGGCUUUUCAUGCUUGGCUCUGUUCUUGGACUAUGUUCUGAAACAUAGCUUUUAUGCACACGUGUGUCUUCUUCAGAGGUGCAUUGUUGUAACUUUUGAAGGGUUACCUGCAUGCCUGUUUCUCUACUGAGACUUCCAUAAUUUGGAGCUGAUUUGUUGUGGCUGCAGAUCAUGUUUGUGGUGGGACAGGGGUUGCAGGAGCACAGCUUUCCACAGGGCUAUUCCAGGUUCCUUCCCUAAAUGUUCAGCUUCAAUUAAACAAAGCUAUGGACUUAGCAUUCUAUCCCAGGGCUCACCAAUGCAGUGCUCUCCGGGUGGUGCUAGAAUCCAGCUGCCCUCUGUCUCAUCCAACAUAGUCAAUGGUUGGGGGUGAUGGGCGUUUACAUCCUCUGGAGGUCAUCAGUUUGGCUCUCCCUAUUCUAGGUCCUACUGCCAUUUUAAGACAAUAAAAGGGGGUGUUCCCAUGUUCUGACAAAUGAGCACAAAGCUCUAAUGAAGCAGAAACGCUGUGCAUUAAAAAUGAUUAAAUUAAAUGUACAUUUUUAAAAAAUUUAAAAUCACAGGAUAACUUUUAAAAUGCAAUGCAUAUCACCUUACAUUUUAAAAUAUUUUAAAUAUAAGAAAUAAUUAAGAAACCCUGGUAGCCAACAAUAAAAAAGCAAUCCAUAUUCACCUACGUUGCACUGAAAUGGGAACUAGAUCUUUGGAUGAAAAACAGGAUAAAAUAAAAUCCACACAUAACAAAUUGCCAUGGGCAAUCAGAAUACAUGGGUCUCAAAAUGGAUACUGCUCAGGGAUACAGACUGCUAUUUUGCAAAGGAAGGAAACAAAAAAUCCCCACCUCCCUAAAAUACUUGAUUUUCAUUGUCUUGAAGUGGCGCCAGCUGAUUUUUUUAUUCAAAGUACUUUAAAUCACACCAUGUUCUAGUAACUUUACACCAAAUUAAACUGCUCAAUGGGACCUUUAAUCACUUUUGUUGCUGUAAAAAAAUAAUACUUAGAUUUAGUUUCAGGGCUAGCCCAUUUUGGUGUGGUGAAAAAUCCCAACGGCAUCUUUCCUGCUUCCACUAAUUAGCGUGAGGCACAAUCCAUAGGGGAUGAUCUCCUGUGCUGGCCUGAUUGAAAUGAACAGCAGCUGGGAAAACUGUUGCCUUACAGCAUGAUCCUAAAUGCUUUCACCAACAUGAUCUUGGCCAGCCUUGGCCAACCUGGUGCCCUCCAGAUGUUUUGGACUACAACUUCCUUUAGCCCCAUGGAUGGCAGCUGUAGUACAAGACCUGUAGAGCCUACCGGGUUGGUGAUGACUGAUCCUAGCAAACACCGAACACUUCACGGAGGCUUGUGGAACUUCCCAGGGAAUUGUGUAUCAGAGGCUGAUUGCCCUCUUUGCUACUCUUGAUGGCCAGGGGGUAGUGUUUUGGGUUCCCAUGAGGGCAGGGAAGAGGUUUCAUUAUGUGCAUUGGGUGGUGGUGGUGGUGAUGUGUGUGUGUGUGUGUAAAGAGUUAUUGCAAGGUUUGGAAGCCUGUUAGAACUCCAUUUUAUACAAACACCUCCUCAAAAUAGUAAGGAGCGAAGUAUAGUAGGAAAUAUUUCUCACAUUGCUAGUUCAGGCUAUCUGUUGUUACUUUCUUCUAACAUAAAUAACUAAUAUAAAGAUAUAUUUAACUGCUGCAAUGUGACCUGAAAUAUCGGGAAAGGAAGGGAACGAUGACACCCAUUGCUCCUCCCUAAGACACCCGUGUUAAUGGCGCCCCAAAUCUACUGUCUGGUGUAGGCUCACCUCUGUUCAGUUCUAUUUAGUCAUGCAAGCAUCUUCUGUGCAUGUAACACCUUCUGUGCAUAGUGUUUUCAAGGAAAUAAAACAUGCACCAGAGAAAACUUUUUGUGUAUAGCUACAUAGCUAAAUAAAGCCUGUCCUUUAUUAGCGUAGUGUGAGGGCCCUCUUUCAGACUUCUAGAGUUAGGAGGAUCAAUCCUGCUUGGAAAGGUAUCGAUGAAAUUUGAAUAAUAAUAAUAAUAAAUUUUAUUUAUAUCCCGCCCUCCCCAGCCGAAGCCGGGCUCAGGGCGGCUAACAACAAUAAAACAGUACAAAAGUACAGCACAAACAACACUCUAAAAUCAUUCAUUAUAAAAGCAUGGAACAAUGACUUUUGAGGUCCCUUCCAACCCUUUAAUUCUAUGUUUCUGUGAUUAGGGACAGUUCACAAAAGGAUGCAGAGAAACCUGUGGGUUUCCUGCAUUUUGCCACUAUUGGGAUAUAUUAGUUGCCACUAAUAUUGCAUUUAGCACUUUUAAUCCAGGAGCAAGGGAGGCAAUCUAAUAAAUGAAGCACCGCUGACUGACCACUUAUAAAUUUCACCAAUGUUCCCAUGAUUAUUCCCUUUGACUGUGGUGAGGCAGCUAAACCAUCUUAUUAGUGGCAUGUGAAUCGGGAGUCCAGGAAAUUCUGAUAGAACCAUAUGAUUUGCUGGCAUAAUUCAAAAUUGUGCUCCCUUGCUCUACCAAUACAAUCAGCAAAAUAAAGAGUGCUAGAACCAGCUUUCUUGGAUGCCUGUCUAUCUUUAGGACCAAUUCAAUUUAUAACUGGAUAUUCCUGAGGUUUAGACAUGUUAAUCUGUGGCAGUGAAAUCAACAAAGAGUACUGCGGCGCCAUAAAGAUUAGCAGAAAUUGUGGCAUACAAUUUCAUGUCCCGGAGCCUGUUUCAUAAGAUUUAUCAAUUUGCAGGAUAUACAUGGUGACAAAAGAGGAAACCAGCCCCCAGUGCAUGUGUGAACACUGAGAUGAAGAGACCAUGAAAUACAAAAGAUACAGCAGGCACCCGAUAUUUAUACUGCAUGUGGAUUUAUGUGUUUGUUGUUUGUGUGUACAUAGUAAGAUCAGUGAGCAUCUAUAACAAUAGUCACUGGGCAGAACUCAUUCUUUCUAUAUUACCUGUAGUGGAAGAAAAAAAAACCUGCUCUUGAGUAAAACUCAAAUGCAGUGCUUUUUUUAUGGGGGUACGCAGGGGUACGCAUACCCUAAAUAUUGUGUAAAUCUUUGUACUUUUCCAUUUACUGUAUUUAUUUUCUCCUAUUUGAACUAUAAAAUGGUGAUUUUCUUGAGUCAAAAUGAGAGUACCCCUAAACAUUUUUAAAGGGAAAAAAAAAGGCACUGCCUAGAAGAUGAAUAGAACCAAAUUUGCUGCUAUUGUUGUUUCUGCCCCAGAAUGAGAGGGUCAAAAAUCCAUUCUUUGUGGUUGCUGGGCAACCUCCACCGCCCCCGGAAGCAGACGCGGCGUCGCGCUUCCGGUGCGGGCAGCGCCGUUCCCUCACCAAAGAUGGCGGCGCCCUUGUCCCUGCUGCUGGAGUGCGGAGGUGGAGCAGAGCUCUUGUUUGGCGGGAUCAGAAGCAGCGGGUGACUCUGCCCAGCCAGGAAGGACCUUGGGAUGUCCGAAAGCUGCUGGUGUGGAUGAAAGAGAACCUGCUGAAAGAGAGGCCGGAACUCUUUGUGCAGGGAGAUUCUGUGCGGCCGGGAAUCUUGGUGCUGAUCAAUGGGGCAGAUUGGGAGUUGAUGGGCGAGCUGGACUACCUGCUCCAAGACCAGGAUAACGUCGUUUUCAUCUCCACCUUGCAUGGUGGAUAGACUGCUGGGAGUAUGGAAAAGAGCAUUUGUGCUGGUGGGCAGAGGGCAUAAACAUGCCUUGCUCUCCUGGCUGUCACCCCAGAUCAGAGUCGGUUUCUCAUUAGCUUCUUCUCUUUAAUGAAGACGCUUGGCUCCUCCCACCCAGUGGUUCAGCUCUCUCCUCUUUUGCCCCAGAAGGAGAUCGAAAUCCUUUCUGCACCUGGUCACCCUCUUCCCUGCUCCAAGAGGUUCAUGCCAUGGGACAAGUGGCUGGAAAGGAGCUGCUUUGCAGGUAGAAGGGCUGAGCUUACCGUGGCUGUCGCCCUUGUUUGCUUUCUUCUCCUUGGCGGCAGGGAAAUGCCUGAGAUCAAAGAGGGGAUCUCCCUUUCCUUCCAAUCCAAGCCUUGGAUCAGGUUGCAGCCGUUAACAGUCAUUAAGGGAUAUGGGGCGCAUGCAAGGAAGAUGGCAGAUGCAAGACUCCCUCAGCCUAUCUGCUCUUGAUUUGCCAUGCAUGGAUUUCAGUUCUGUGACUCAGUUUUGAAAAGUACCCAUCUAGAGCCAGCUCACAAAUGGUUACUUUGAAUUUUGAUGACUAUGAAGUAUACUUUUGCCUGCCUUUUUUUAAAGAAAAAGAAACUUGAUGACCCUCAGAGUCUGUUCCAGCUCUAAAAUUCUAUGAUGCUCCAUUUUUUAAUCUUCUGGAGGCACUGCCUGAUCCUGUUCUGCCACAGCUGCUGUGUAUGCAUGCGAUUGAUUUCCCUUUUCAAAUUGUCUGCUCUGCACUGUUCUGUUGCAAAGUGUUUUGCAAUGUGUUGCAGAAGAUGGAGUGCUUCAUUUGAAGCUGGGUGUUCCGGACUCAGGUUCUGCCUCAGUCAUGUACUUACUUCACUGGGUGGCCUUGAGCAAGUUGCUCUCUACGUUAACUUCAGUUCCACAUGUGUAAAGUGAGAUUUGAAAUGAUCGACUCUGCAGCAUGGUUGUGACAAUAAACAAUAAAAGUUGUG